CUACUUGUAGUUUAUUAUAAAAAAAUGUUAAAAGUUAAGACCUCGACUAAUCGACAACUAAAUAAACUAAAAAAUGUUUCGAAUUAGGGAUGUAUCCAGCGUCAAUUACGAACGACUCGUGUGUAUUAAACGCGCUAACUGAAGUUUACUCAUUAGUCGUUACAGGUUAAAAUCAGGCCCACAUACUCAGGUUAAUUGCUUAUAUGUGUCAACUCAAGCUAAAUGACAAAAGAAUAAGGUGUCAAAACUUCACCCAUUAAAAUUCAUUCCCUCCUCACAUUUUCGUUUCUUAUUCGAAAUAGUUAAAAAAUAAUUCAUUUGAAAAAAAACGAUGAAUUUUUCAACAAACAGUUUUCUUUUCAUGGACUUUGAAUAACUAAUUGUCAGAAAUUAAAAUUUAACUGUUUGACUCAUGACCUAUUACUGUCGCAGUUAAUUUUAUGUCAAUUCUUGAAUUGAUAUUUUUGUUAAAGUGUCAACAUAUAAACAUAUGCGAUAUGUCCUUGGUAUAUCAAAAACUGCUGUCAGCCGUGGAUAUAUUAUAUAUAUUUACUAUAUAUAGUUGUAUGUGUAAUUAUUCUUUGGUAAAACAUUAAAAUGGACAUAUAAGAAAUAGAAAAGUGGUUUCAUUAAAUUUAUUUAAAAAAUUUAUUUUGUAUUAAGAAUAAAUUUUUACCAUUUCGAGAUAUUAAAACCACUUGCACAUAAUAUUCUAAAUAAAGUGCAACAGUAUGAGCUCUAAAGAUAAAGACAAUGCUUUGAACAAGCUUCGUCAUUUCUUCAAAGCUUCUAAGACUGGAGUUGGUGUUAAAGAAAGAGAACUUGGUCCAGAACUUGAACGUGAACUACGACCCGAAAAUCCGGUUGCGCAAAGAUGUAAAACUUUAAAAGACUUAGGUGAAAUGGUUUUAACCACGAAAUUAGAAGAUGCUGCUAUAUGUAAACUUUGGGAAUUGACAAAAGAUCUGAUUGUGGAUAAUAAAUCGACAGAGCAUCGACAAAUAACGUUAACUUUUUACAAAAAAUUGAUACAAGGGCAAUAUGCGAACUUGUCCUUAAUGAGGGAACACUUUUUCUUAGUGAUACAAAAGCAUGAAGUGAUGGAGGAUUUACGACAUCGUCUGGAUUUAUUAAUUGCUCUUACAGAAAAUGGCAAAGACAUAACAAAUUUUGAAGAAAAAAUUGGAAAACUAAUGCUUCAGUGGGCCCCUUUAAUGAUUGGAGAAUUGAUGGAACCCUACUUAGAAGUACUUGAGAAUAUUGUAAAAUUUAACGCAGCUCAUUUGGAUAAUGAAAUAAUAGUAGGAAUCGUUAAUCAUGUAUGUAAUCUUAGCUGCAAUACCGAAGUUGAUGAAAUAGGAUUACAAUGUUUAAAAGUACUAGAUGCAGUAAUAUGUUAUACAAUUUUCCCCAAUGAAACAUUAGCAUUAUGUGUAGUUACUUUAUGUAGAACUAUCAAUGUGCAUAACUAUUGUCAAACAUCAUGGAAGAACAUGAAAAAACUACUGGGGACGAACUUAGGUUAUGCUUCCUUAUUGAUAAUGUGCAGCAUAUUAAAAGACAAAAAUUUUUAUGGUGAUGAGUUUUUGCUCCGUGGUGCAGUUUUCCAUAUUACGAUGGGAGUGUUUGUAUAUCCAGCUGUUACAAUGACAUCAAUGUCACCGGUUUUAACAAGCUUUUAUCAUGCUUUAAAUAGUCAAAAAGUCCAUGUAACUUAUGAAGUAAUCUUAAGUAUAUCCCUCUUCGUCGACAAAUUCGGCAAAGAUUUAUCUGAGCAUGUUUGGGAUGUCGUAUGCGAUAUUUUAUUAUCAAUUGCUGACAACAUAUAUUUUUAUGAGUGCAACGGGAUGUCCAAGGAAAACGCAUUGAAAACCAAAUAUCACGAAGCAAUUGAUAAAAUUGAAGAUAUGCUACACAGUAAUGAAAUUUGUAUCAAUACAGAAGUAAUUUAUGACCUAAUUGAAAAAAUAGCAGAAAGUAGGCCGAUCCAAUCGGUCCUUAAUCUAAUAGAAUAUCGCUCUUUAAAAAUAUCAGCUACGCGACCAGAAUGGUUACAAAUCUUGCGCGAAUUCAUUCAAAGAUUUUAUCAUAUACCGAAUACAGAAAUUCGAGUGGAAACUGUUUAUGCAUUGAUUAAGAUAAUGGACACAAAUCGUGCUGGGUAUGAGGAGGAAAUACUUGAAAGAGUUGUAAUACCAGAAUUUCAUAAUAUAUCUUCGGAAGAAGACUUAAAAGUACGUAAUGCCGUGGCCAAAGCUUUAACUGAUUUUUCAUUGCAUUGCGAAACAAAAAGAUGUGGAGAACUGCUUGACAUUCUAGAAAAAAUUUUAAAUAGGCCUUUUGAAGUUUUUGGAGAAGAUGGUACAGUUUUACAAUCCGAAACAGAACUAGAUGUUCUCACGGUAGUUGAAGGUCUUAUUGAAGUUUUCAUGGUGAAAUUAUAUAAGUUACCCUCUUGUCAUGCUAUUCGAAUUUUUAAAAUGCUCAUAGAACAUUUAGAAAAACAUUAUAAGAUGCCAAAAGUGUUUGAGCAAUCAAAUGCUAUCAGAGAAAAGAUAUUUUCUUGGAUGCUUAAAGCGCGUGCAAGUCAUACUUAUCAUAUAGGAUUUCCUGAUCCUUCCAACAAUGGGACCAUACGAUAUAGUCAUUAUCUAGGCAUAGAUUCAAAAUUGUCACUAUCUGAUGUUACUUAUCAACACCAAAUAUCAACACAAAGUAAUCUCGACACAAUACCGCCUAUCAACUUUACGGCCAUAUCAAUACGUCCUGCUUGUAAAUUAAUAGUGAUUUGCCUGGAAAAAGAAAAAGAUUAUCAAGUUUUCCAAAUGGUUCUUAAAGAGCUACCUAAUAUUUUGCAAAACAAAGCUAUUAUUCAAGGCAAUGACAUUGAAUCAUUAGCAAAUGCUCUUUGGUUACUAUUUUGUUCAAAGAAAGAUAGAAAGUUUUUGAAAGCAGUUAAACCUUCCUCAGACGAUUUGAGUUAUUUAAUUCUUCCCGCCAUGGCUUCUUUAGUUAUAUAUCAUCAGUUCUUAAGAUCCAAAUGGCAAAACUAUAUUAUUGAAACCUUGAAGAUUGGAGUUUUCCAAAGAGUCGCCAAUAUCUGCAUUAAUACAUUGACCAUAAUGAUAUUAGAAAUGCCGGAGGUCCUUAUGCGAAAAUUACCAGAUGUGUUGUUAGAAAUGAGUAAAAUGUCCGAUAACGUUCAAGUGGCUAUACCUGUGUUAGAAUUUCUUUCAAUAUUAAGUCGAUUACCAAAUAACUUGUUUACAAAUUUUGUACCCCUUCAGUAUAUGUAUGUUUUUGCAAUUACUUUACCUUACACAAAACCCCAAAAAUACGAUCAUUAUGUCGUCUCAUUGGCAUAUCAUGUAAUAGCUGGAUGGUUUUUAAAAUGUAAACUUACGUUCAGGAAAAAUUUUGUUAACUAUAUUAUAUCGUCUAUACAGUCAAAUCUUCAGCUUUUUGAAGAAAAUAAAAUAACAUCGCGUUCAGAUUUCCAAGUCUUAAAUGAGGAUUCCUCUAGUCGAAAACGUAGUACAAGCCUAACGGAACGCAGUAGCCAUGGUCGUAAUAUCAAAGCUGGCGAAAGCUCUUCAAGUAACUUACGCCCUUUAAUGAAUGAAGGUCUUAAACAUUUUCAUACUGAAUUAGCGGAAACAUGCAUAGAUUUUUUAGCAAGACACACAUUUUCUCCAUGCUCAGCUUUGCCAAAACGAUUACCUGCAGUUCAGAUGCUGCUUAAAGAUGGAAUAUCGCAGCAUUGGAUUGUAGGGCAAAACAUAGUUACAAUUACAACUAGUGGUUGCGGAUCUGCUCCUACUCGAAAUGGGCUCUGCGAAAGAUGUCAAAUAGAUAAAAACGCAUCAGUUCAUUCCGUUAAUAAAUUAGAUUCAAAUAGUAUUAAUUCAUUUGGUGUCGCACCAAGUUCUCCAGAAGUUUUGAUUGCGCAAACAAAGGAUACUUCGGAAUUUCAAAACAAAAGGUACACCAAGGCAAGUCUGCAAUACAGUAGUGGUACAGAUUCUGGUGGAAGUAUUGAUUUAACUUCGUCAACUUCCUCUUCAUCACAACACCCAACAUCUUUAGAUGGUGGCAUUAAUAAGUUACGUCAAACUUCUAACAGUUCUUCUGGAUCUUUGGAAACUUUACCAAGACGAGGCAGCAAUCCUGAUUCAAUUGAAAACAGAGUGGAAAAUAAUAGAGAUGGUAUAGUAAGUCAACAUCCCUUUCAGCAACAUGUUAGCACAGCAACGACAAUUCAACAGCCAGUUUGUGCUAGAAGUUGUACCGGUUGGGCUGAAAUACUUAUAAGACGUGCAACAGGGAAUAUCUCCUGGAUAAUGAGAAUUCAAAAUCCUAUUGCAAAUGAUUGUUUGGGAAAUGAUAUACCCUUUAAUGACUUAAUAGGUCUUUUCAUGCCUAGUCACUACGGCGGGGUUUUUGGACCUAAAUUUUUAAAUGAAAAUAAAUCAUUUACAUCGAUUGCAAAUGCUGACAUAAUUGAUAAAGCUGUAGAAACUAGUUUAAGUAAGGAAACAGGUGAAACUUUUAGCAAAGAAAAAAAAAUGGAACAAAAUGAGCACUCUACUGCGAAAGCUGUAGCUAAAUUAAAACUUAAAAGGCAAGAAGAAAUAACGUCUUCUUUAACUGGAACAUCGGGUCCCAUUGAUAUUCCAAAAAAGAUAAUUUCGAAUAAAGAAUCAGCGGGAAGCUUUAGUGAUGUUGAGCCUGAUGAAGACGAAAAUAACGAUGAUUUGCCUUUUGAUGAUUGUGGUAGAAAAUAUUCAGAGGGAUCAAGAUCAAGAAACCCAGUGAGACGAGUUAACUCGAGCCCAGAAAUGAGUUCAAGCUGGAGAAGCCCGUUCACGCAUACAAAAGGUAGUUCCAAAUCAGAAUCCAGUAAACAAUGGACAGACGGCAUUGUCGCCACUGUCGUAACAGUUGCUGCCCACCAAUCUGAGGCAGACGAAAUAAAUAGUGAAAAUAUAAUUGCAGAGCAACUGCAAAAGAAAAAAAUGAGCAAUAGCAGUGGUUUUUCUAAGGACAUGAGAGUAAGCUGCGAAGCUAUACCUGAAGAAAUUCCUGGUUCAACUCCUCCGAGUCACUCUGAUUUAAUAAAAAGUCAUAUAGUUAAAAACACUGAAAAUAAUAAAUCACCAUUAACUAUUACAUCCAAUUGCGAAAAAAAUGAUAGAAAAAGUGACUCUUUAAAUACCAAUGACAUACCUGUACUUCCACCAAAACAACAUUCAGCUGACGAUGUGACGAGUCAACCAGCUACUUACAAUGUAACAACUUCGGCAUCUACGACCAGUCUUAAAAUACCAUUAGAUAUUCAAAAGCUUUCAACUAAACCACCCCAAUCGCCAAUUCCCCUUUCUCCUCGCCUUUUAGCGAAAAACGCAGCAAAUAAAAUAGCGUCUUUUGCACCAAAUGUUGGAGACUCAAGCGGUGGGGAUAACGGAGAUAUGCCCCGAGUACGUUCAAAAACAAUUUCUGUAGUACGGGAAGUGAAUCGAAAUUCAGUUAUACGCAGCACACCCACAUUCAGGCAAAGAGGUCCACACACGCCACCAUCAAAUUUAAGGCUUGGAAUUGAUCCCAGCUUCAUUUUUUUGCAACUUUUUCAUACAGGACAAUUACAGUGUAUUGAAACUCCUAUAAAAAUAAACCAGGAAAAUACAAAUGCUGUGAAGUUGCUGGAUCUAAUUCCACCAUUUGAAACUCAUAAAAUAGGAGUGUUAUACGUUGGACCAGGUCAAUGCAAUAACGAAACAGAAAUUUUAAAAAAUCGCUAUGGAAGUUUACGUUAUUUUGAAUUUCUAAGAAAUAUAGGAACUUUAAUAAGCUUAAAAGAGGGAAAGGAGCAUAAUUUUUUUGUGGGCAUGGAAGAAAAUGGCAAAGAUGGUUUAUUUACAUACGUUUGGAAAGAUGAUACUGUACAUGUCACUUUCCAUGUUGCAACUUUGAUGCCGAACAAAGAGAACGAUCCUAAUUGCAAUCAGAAAAAAUUACAUAUUGGAAACGACUACGUCAGCAUAGUUUAUAAUGAAAGUGGUGAAGAAUAUAAUUUACAAACAAUAAAAGGUCAAUUUAACUAUGCGUGCGUUGUGGUGCAACCACUGGAACUAAACGCUAAUAAAGUUUUUGUUAAAGCUCGGAAAGAAAUCGCUAAUUUCGUUUGUCACCCAGAUCCGAAAAUUGUUUCAGAUCGCAGUGCACCAUUGUUGGCACGGCAAUUAGCUUUACAUGCAAAUCUUGCAUCUCAUGUAUAUCAAAGUUUGAAGAGCAAAAAUCCUUAUGCAUCGAAUUGGCUUGAAAGAUUAAGAAAAAUAAAAAAUAUUCGAGCAAAGUUACUUAGAGAAUCGCACACUUCGACAAUGGAUCAAGAUACAGCAACCAGCGCUAGUGGGGGAGUGGGUACAUCAGGUUCAUCGGGAGAUGUUUCAAAAAUUCACAGACCAAAUAUGCACGAUUUUACAAAAUAUACAUAAUUUGGUUUUCUGUUACAAAAAUUUGUUUUACAAUUUUCUAAAAAUUUCUUUGUAAAUGUUUAGAUUUAACAAAAUAUUUUAAAAGUGUUCGUUACAUAUAUACAAAAAUAUACUUAUCCACACAAAAAUACAAACCAAUAUUUUA